AUGGACAAACAGCCUGGACCCGGAGCCUCGGAAGGAGCAGGGCCGAGCAGAAAGCCCCGAGCAGCGGCCACCGGAGCAGCUACGAACGGAGACGGUCCAGACAGUCCCACAGGCUCUCAUGUGGAGUGGUGUAAGCAGCUCAUCGCAGCCACUCUCUCCAGCCAGAUCUCCAGCUCGGGCCCUGCAGACCCCCGAGAGAACAGGACAGGGAGAAGAGGGGACUGGUUGGUGUUCAAGAGGCUCCCACACAGGCAGGACUCUCUGGAGGAGGGGCUCAGUUACCAUGGAGACAGUGACUCUGAGCUUCUCUCAGACGCUUCGAAUAUCCCCACGUUGAGGUACGGCGCUCAAGUCAAGAUGUCCCAAAACCAGGUCCCCCUUCUCCCCGGAGAGAACAGCCACGUCACAGUCAAAGAUGUGAUGUACAUUUGUCCGUUCAGCGGUCUCGUGACUGGUACUUUGACCAUCACUGACUACAAGCUGUACUUCACAAGCGUGGAACCGGAGGCGCCCUUUAUUCUUGAUGUGAAUCUUGGAGCCAUUAGUCGGCUAGAAACCAUCAGCGUGCCAAACCAAGGAGAGAAUUACAAAGGCCUCGAGUUGGUCUGCAAGGACAUGAGGAGUCCCAGGUUCGCCUAUAAAACCGAGGAGAAUCAUCCGGAUGUGGUGAAAGUCCUCGCACAACAUGCCUACCCUCUCUCAAACAGCCUGCCACUGUUUGCAUUCCUCUACAAGGAGCAGUUUCCUGUGGACGGGUGGAAAGUCUAUGAUGCAGCAGCGGAGUACAGACGACAGGGCCUGCCAAACGAGAGCUGGACCAUCAGUAAGAUCAACAGCGGCUACGAGCUGUGUGACACCUACCCCUCCAUCGUGGUCAUCCCCACCAACAUCUGCGACGAAGACAUCAGGAGAGUGGCGCUGUUCAGAGCCAAGCACCGCAUCCCGGUGCUGUCGUGGAUCCACCCGGAGACUCAGGCCACCAUCGUGCGCAGCAGUCAGCCGCUGGUGGGUCCGUCAGACCGCCGCUGCAAAGAAGACGAGCGCUUCCUCCAGAUCAUCAUGGACGCCAACGCCCAGUCGCACAAACUCACCGUGUUCGACGCACGCCAGAGCAGCGUGGCCGACACCAACAAGGCUAAAGACGGCGGCUACGAGAGCGAGAGUUUUUACACAAAUGUCGACCUGAACUUCCUUGAAAUCCCAAAUAUCCACGUGAUGCGAGAAUCUCUGAGGAAAGUGAAGGAUGUCGUGUAUCCCACCAUCGACGAGGCCCACUGGCACUCGGCCAUCGACCAAACACACUGGCUGGAGUACAUAAAGCUGUUACUGGCCGGAGCAGUGAAAGUGGCCGAUAAACUGGAGUCGGGGAAGACUUCGGUGGUGGUGCACUGCAGUGACGGCUGGGACCGCACCUCGCAGCUCACCUCUCUGGCCAUGCUCAUGCUGGACAGUCACUACCGCACCAUACAAGGCUUCCAGGUUUUGGUGGAAAAGGAGUGGAUCAGUUUUGGGCACAAGUUCUCAUCGCGUGUGGGUCAUGGAGAAGACAACCACUCGAGCUCGGAGCGCUCUCCUCUCUUCGUCCAGUUCGUAGACUGCGUGUGGCAGAUGACCCGACAGUUCCCAUCAGCCUUUGAGUUCAACGAGCUCUUCCUGAUCACAGUGCUGGACCAUCUGUACAGCUGUCUGUUCGGGACCUUCCUCUACAACAGUGAGCAGGAGAGGACCGCCCAGGAGGUGCAGAGUAAGACCAUCUCGCUGUGGUCCUACAUCAACAGCCAACCAGAGGACUUCUCCAACCCCUUCUUUGUGGACUACGAGCACCAUGUCCUGUACCCGCUGGUGUCCUCGCGCCAUCUAGAGCUGUGGACGGGGUACUACGCCCGCUGGAACCCCCGCAUGAGGCCCCAGGUCCCGGUGCACCAGACCCUGAAGGAGCUGCUGUUUGUGCGCGCAGAGCUGCAGAGACGUCUGGACGAGCUGCAGAAGGAGGCGGCGGCUCAGUCCGUCUCCUCCUCCUCAGAGCACUCCCCCUCUCACCCCGGGACCCCCCUGCACUCGGCUGUCUGA